AUGAUAUCAUUAAAAUUAAUAAUUUUAAAAUUUUUUAUUUUAAUUAAAUUAAUAAAUUCAUUACCAUCAGAAUUUAAUGUUAUUGGACCAUUUCCAAUUGGAGAAAGAGAGGAAGGAUUAGAUAGUUUAAAAGCAUAUGGUGGUAUUUUUGAAAUACCAAUUGGAGAUGAUACAAUGUAUCCAUCAGAAUUGGGUACAAAUGGAGUUGUUGGAUGGGAAAAAGUACAAUCAACAAGUGGUGGAUAUUUAUCAAUUGAUUGGAGUGAUAUUGUUGAUUGGUCAUUUUUACAACAAACUUGGGGUUGGUCAAUUUGGUUAUGGUAUGGAUAUGCCAUUGGUUCAUUCAAUGUGGAAAAUUCUGGUUCAUACAUUAUCAAUUGUUCAGGUACUAGACAAUAUUUCAUUCAAUCAACAACAACAACAAACACCAACAAUCAAAUAUUUGAAUUCUCUGGUGAUUUUUAUGGAUAUGGUACAGGUCAACAAUUAAUUCACCUAAAUCAAUCAACAACUUAUAAUUUAAUAGUUAGAAUGCAAAGCUCAGUUAGAUUAUCACAAUCACCUAAUUCUCAAUUUUCAUGUUCUUUGACGCCAAUUCAAAAUAAUCAAUAUAUUACAGUUUUAAAUUCUGAAACUUUAAUUUCAGAUUUAAUAAAUGGUGAAUUAGCAACACCUUUUGCAACAAUUACAAUUUUUAAUAAUGGAAUUUAUAGUAAUGAUAAUAAUGAUAAAAAUAAUAAUAUUAUUGAUUUAAUUAAUGUUACAGUUAAUAAUAAUACUCAAUCAAUAAUUGAUGUCAAAUUAUUAAAUAAUUCAAAUUUAAAUAUAUUAGCAGGUCAGAAAAUGUCAUUACCAUUAGAGAUUACAAUUGGUUCACAAAUUAAUUGUCCAUUUAAUUUAACAUUAAAUAUUGAAUCAAAUGGAGAGAUUAUUGGUGAAACAGUAAUUGAAUUUAAUUGUACAGAAUGGGGUAAUCCAUAUUUAUAUACAUUUUUAGAUUAUGAUAAUACUGUUCAAUAUGCAAUUGCUAUACCACCAACAGAAUCAUGUAGUGAUAGUGAAGGUGAAACUAUUUGUGGGGUAAUGUUAGCAACACAUGGUGCUGGUGUUGAAGCAUCUUCACCAUUUUGGAUGAACGCUAUACCACCACAACAAUCAUUAUGGAUUAUUUUACCAACUGGAAGAAGAUCAUGGGGAUAUGAUUGGGAAUCAUCUUCAAGAUUGAAUGUAAUGAGUUCAAUUGACUACUUGGUAAACAAUUUACCUGGUGUUCCAAAUCAAUUGAAAUCACAAUAUCAAGUAAAUGGUGAGAAAAUCUUAUUCGUUGGUCAUUCUUGUGGUGGUCAUGGAUGUGUUAGUCUUUUAUCAAGAUUUGGUGAUAUGGCAAUUGGUGGAAUGUGUGCUGCAGGUUUUGUUAAACUUCAAUUCUAUGUUUUCUACAAUACAAGACCUGGCUUCUCUUAUAUUGACCCUUCCCUACAGGGUUUAUUAAUGGCAUCGAUUGCAGAGAAUGAUAAUGAUCUUUACACUUCAAAUAUUGUUGGUAUACCAUUGAUGGUAAGGUAUGGUGAAAAUGAUACCAAUGUAAAUCCUUGGCAUAGUCGUAGAAUUGCAAGAAUGGUUGAUGAACAAUCCAAUCAACUUUCAUCAGUCACCAUUAGUGAAGUACCAAACUCUGGACAUUGGUUUGAUGGCAUAUUGAAUGACCAAUAUGUAUUGAAUUGGUAUAAUCAAUUGACAGAGAGUUCAUUGUUUUCUCAACCACCAAUACCAAAGGUGAUAACAGUGACUAGUCAUAAUCCUUCAUCAUCAGGUUCAAGGGCAAAUAUUAAAAUACUUCAAACUAUAAACCCAUCACGUGUUGCAAAGAUUCAAAUUGUUCAGAUCAAUAACGAACAAGGCGAGUUGGUUUGGAUUUUAUCAACUCAAAAUGUACGUAGAUUUGGGUUUCAAUCAACACCAAUUCGUACCCAAGGUCUACCAAUUAGUGUCACUAUUGAUGGUCAGCCAUUUACAACUGAAUUUUUACCAACAACUCAUUUCGCAAGAUUAGAUAAAUGGUUACCUGAUUGGAAUACAACCACCGAUACAACUUGGACUCAAACUGAACGUUCACCAUUAACCAGUGGUCCAAUUCGUCAAAUCUUUGAAAAACCAUUUACAAUUAUUUAUGGUACAAAUUCAACAAAUAUUGAUUUAUUCCAAUGGGGUUCAGUUUUUAUUUCAAACUUUUAUAAUACCUAUGGACGUGGUUCACCAAAUAUUUUAGCAGAUAUUGAUUUCGUUGAACCAGAGAUUUGUUCCUCAAAUGAUAAUUACAUUUUGUUGGGUAAUAGUUUUCAAAAUUUAGUUACCUCAAAAUAUCAAUCAUUAUUACCAGUGGUUUUUAAUUGGGAUAACUCUUUUUCGGUGGGUCCAUCCUCUCCAUACUCUUAUCCUGGUACUGGUAUUUUAUUUUUAGCUCCAAAUCCAUGUGGUCAAGGUUUAAUUUUAGUAGUUGCUGGUUAUGAUGAUCAAGGUUUUAAUAAUGCAUUACAUUCAAUUCCACAACGUUCAGGUGUUUUAGUUCCUGAUUUUAUGGUAGUUGGUAAUGAUAUUUGGAAAGGUGCUGGUGGUAUCAUUUCAACUGGCUUUUGGGAUCCAAAUUGGUUUGUUUCUUUAGAUUCUUCUUAUUUCGGUUUUACUCCAUUUUAA